CAGUCCACCUCCCAGUCCUCCCAGUCCCCCCAGCAGCCUCCAGGACAGCAGGACGACGCCGGCGUGAUGACAGAACAAUGUGUGAACCAGCAGACGUCUCAGGAGGAGAACAGGAAGUGUAGCAGAGGAGCCAGAAAGCAGGAGCAGAGGGACUAUCAUUCAGAUGUAGAGAACGUGACGGAGGCUCCUCAGAGAAGUGGGAGGACGAUCAGCGAGACGGAUCAGGAGCUGUCCAGCCAGAGGAAACCAGCGUUAGUCCGGUCCAAGACCUUUGACCACUCUCUGCUGACUCAGGUCCAGAUGGACUCAGACUCCAAGUUAGACAGGAAGAAGUCUCACUACAGCCAGCUGUCUAAGAGCAACUGCCAAUACCAUAAAAUAUUUAAGGAGAUCUGCAAAGAGGAGCAGCUGAGACAAAGCUACACCUGUGCUCUGCAGAAAGACAUCCUCUACCAGGGACGGAUGUUUGUCUCCGACCACUGGAUCUGCUUCCACUCCAAGGUGUUUGGCAAAGACACAAAGAUUGCCAUCCCCGUGACGUCUGUCAAUCAGAUCAAGAAAACCAAAACUGCCAUCCUGGUGCCGAACGCUCUGGUGAUCGCCACCGCCAACGACCGGUAUGUGUUUGUGUCCCUUCUGUCCAGAGACAACACCUACAAGAUCCUGAUGUCCAUCUGCCUUCAUCUGGAGGAGAAGAGUCCCUGCAGCAGCCCCGUCCCCUCCUCUGCAGAGAGCAGCUUCAGAGGUCAGAGGUCACCGCUGACGCCUCGCUUCCCUCUGAGUUUCACUGGUGACUUCAUCGACCUGGACGAAGCAAUGAGGCAGAGGAGGCAGGAGAUGGAGGAGAGCAGCAGCUCCGACUCGCAGACGCCCGACUACGAGAAGAUAGCAGAGUUUCCUGUUCCUCCGUUCCUGGACGUGUUGAAACACACGGACCGAGCGGCGGCUCCUGAACAUCAGGGCCAGCAGCACAAGGUGAAGAACCAGAAUCAGAACCAGCCUCAGAACCAGCAGUCCUCUGACAACAAGCGGAACGAGACUCAACGUGGUUCAGGGGUGGUGAUUGACAGCAGGACAAUGAAACACGUCUCUAUCAACACCCUGCUGUUCAUCUACCUGUUCCUAGUGAGUGUGCUGGUCCUGUCCUCCUGCUACUUGGCCUUUAAGAUCUUCUCGUUGGAGCAGACGCUGACUGCACUCGGCUCCGUGGCAGAGUUCACUCACCACAGGGCGAGCGACUUCCUGCAGGGAAGCUCUGACGUGAACGCAGAGUUCUUCUCUGAACUUCUGACGAUCAACCUGAUGAAGCUGGAGAAGGUGCAGAAGAAUCUUCAGAGACUUCUGGACGAAGCUGCCUGAACGAAUCCAGAUGAACGUGUUGUGAACAGAUGUGUAAAUAUUCUGUAAAUAUCUAGUUUAUCAGAACAGAUGUUACAAACUCACACGACCGAUGUGAAUAAUGUGAACUGGACAAACAAUCUGCAACCGCUGCUCCACCCCUGCAGCCCAGGGAGAAGUUGAACCACCAGGGGGCAGCAAACACAGGAUCCAGCUGAUGAUGAGAAGCUCUUUAAACCUGCAGCAGUUUCAGCUCAAUCUGUGAUCAGCGACCGAUUGGCUGAUUUGAAAUCAAACCUUCAUGGCACAUUUAUAAAUAUGACAUUCCUCCAGGAUUGUAUCUGCUCAAUGAAAGAUGUUGUAGGAACAGUUUUUAUUUUGAAGGCUGUGACAUUUCAAAUGAUCCGUGUCAGAGCAGGAGCAGAAUAAAAGUCCUCGGCUGUUUCUGGUGUUUCUGAGUCGCAGCUGGAAACAUCCACAGAAACCUCCUCUGGUUUGUGUCCAGAUGUAAAAGUGUUUAAACAUCAUGAAGAUAAAUCUCUCUCUGCUGGAGACACUCGACUGUUACACAGACCGACAUCCCCGUGAUUCUGUAAAUAUGAAAACUGUGUUGAUUUAAACGAUGUGGUUUUGUUUUUCCUCUGUUGAGCAAUAAAGUUAUUUUGGCUCCGAA